GCCAUACUACAAGUCAUACUCGAUGGAACAGGCCUCGGCGAAGCCGGAAGUGACGAUGGGCGGUGGGAGCCGCCGCGACGGCCACGGGGAGGAGAGGAAGGAGAGGAGCGGUGCGGCCAAGGGCGGCGGCAGGGUUGUGCCCGUCGACGACGACGACGCGGAGGAGGUUGUGGAGCCGUGCGUAAUCGCCGUGGACGACAGCUCCGUCGACCGCGCCAUCGUCACUGCGCUGCUCCGCCGCUCCAAGUACAGAGUCACGGCUGUGGACAGUGGGAAGAGGGCGCUGGAGAUACUGGGCUCGGAACCGAACGUGAGCAUGAUCAUCACGGACUACUGGAUGCCGGAGAUGACUGGCUACGACCUGCUCAAGAAGGUCAAGGAAUCGUCGGAGCUCAAGCAGAUCCCGGUGGUGAUCAUGUCCUCCGAGAACGUGCCAACACGGAUCAGCAGGUGCUUGGAAGAAGGUGCUGAGGACUUCCUGCUCAAGCCUGUCAGGCCGUCGGACAUCUCCCGCAUAACCACCCGGAUGCUACUGCACUGAGCUCUGCUUGGAUCAGUGGCCACCGCAGUCAAUCGCAUUGUUAUUAGUAGUGUUUUGCAGUAAUAGAACUCGAGUAAAUUUAGAAUAGCUAUUAGUUUGCACGAUGUGUAAUGCAGUUGGGGAAUGCUCCUGCUCCUUAAUUAAAUAGCUUUGGGUUAUCUUUGGGUGUCAUUCUCGGAAACUAGUAGCAGCAAUUAGCUGUAGGAUUCCAGUAGCGAGUUUCUUCUUUCCCUAAGAUUUGAGAUGUGUAACCAGUGCAUGAAUCUUUUUGUUUAAAGUAGGAUUACGGUGCCUGAUCCUUUUGCCACCACUAGUAAGUUUUGUUUUC